CAGCAACCAUGUUCCAACAGGCUCUUUGCUACCAGCUGGAGAUCACUAGCAAAUUCAGACCUGUAUUUAAGAUUGUUACCAGUAGAUCCUUUGGCAUUCCUCAGUCUGACUGAAGAAAGAACGAUGGACGACAAAAAGGGCAUAAAAAGAAAAAAUGAGGAAGCGGAGACUAUAGAGAAUGUGGACUCAGCUUCAGGGGAAGAAGACCUCGACCAGGAUACUGUUGACGUUGAUUUCGAAUUCUUCGAUCCCAAACCGAUAGAUUUUCACGGUCUCAAAUCACUUCUCCGCCAAACCUUUUCCAAUGACGCUGAGUUGAUAAAUAUAUCAUCUCUGGCCGACAUCAUAAUAUCACAACCCGCCGUCGGUUCUACAGUCAAAGUUGACGACGAGCAGGACCCGUACGCACUCAUGACUGUUAUCAAUCUCGAUAUGCAUAAGGAUAAGGACUGCGUGAAGGAAAUAAAAGGAUGGCUGUUGGAUAAAUCAAAGAAGAAUGAUGCCGUGCAUGGACGAAUGGUGCAGAUCGUGGAGAAGGCGGGAUUGAUCUUUAACGAGCGGUUGAUCAACAUGCCUCCGCAAAUUGUCCCGCCGAUGCUGAAGAUGUUACUUGAAGAGAUGGAAUGGGCUGUUGAAGAUGGUGAACCGUUUCGAUUUGAAUACUAUAUAUAUAUCUCCAAGGUCUACAAGGAGAUAGAGUCCACAUUGGCCGAGGAGGAUGGAGUGGUCAUUGAAAGUUCAAAGAAGGGAAAGAAGAAAAGGGCAAAGACGAGCACGGAAACGAGUACCUUCUAUUUUCAACCUGAGGAUGAAAUCAUCCAAGAGCACGCCGAGUUUUCAUUUGAUUUCAAGUUUGCAAAGGAAGCUCAGUCAUCCGAUUCCCGUCGAGCCUUUCAAGAGUAUGGGAUCGACCCAUUGAGAAGAGUAUUUGUCAUCAAGGCAGAAAAGAUGAAAGCCGUUCUGGAGCAAUUCGAGAGCAUACUUAGUGCAUAGCGACGGAAGGAUGUGCUGCUGCAGGUGAAUAUCCUACAGGAUAGUCCACUAUUGUACAUAGUCAACAUGUUUCUAGAGCUGGGUUUCAGUUUUCUGCUGACCCACUAUCUAUUGACCGGCAAAAAACAUGAUAAUGAUGAAUCUCGGGGAUAGUUUUGCGAUGUGGUGGGUUCACAAAAUGAAUGAAUUCGUGACCGGGCAUGCGCUCCUUCAACAAGGCUUCCG